CGCCUUCACGUCAACGAGCUCACCGCGGCCUCCAUUUUGCAAUAUUUUGCGAGCUAGCGGCUUCCUUUCGUAAAGUGCAGCAUUAGGUAAUAAAGUGCAGCGAAGAUUUCAAGCUGAAGAUAUAUUCUCCCGGACACAACGAUGGCUGAACCAUCCGCAGACGUGGCGGUUCCGGAGGGCGCAGAGGUCCGCAAGCUGUCGGAGCUGAGAGUUAUCGACCUGAAGGCCGAGCUGAAGAAACGAAACCUGGACACCACGGGCGCCAAGAGGGUGCUGUCCGAGCGCCUCAAAAAGGCAAUCGACGAAGAGGGUGGAAAUCCCGACGAGAUAGUCGUCGCUCCCGAGUCGAAUCCAAAGAGAUCCAACGUUACACCGAAGCGGGCCUCCAAAGAUAUGAGGCCCGAGAACGAUGAACCAGAGGACAGUACUAUCGAAGAGGAUCCCACUAUGGAAGAGCCUCAGGAUUUUCCUGAGAACAUGCAGGAAAUGAACAUCCUCGACAUGAACGUUCUCGACGAGACCGAGAAUGACAACGGGAUACCAGCCGAGGAUGACGAGGACGAAGCCUCAAAUGUCCACUCUGACGAAGAUGCCCUGUUGAACGAAGAACCCGAUGAAGACGCGAUGUUGAAGGAAGAACCCGACAGCAGGACCAUCGAGUCAGAGAAUGAAGCAAGAGGCCCAGAGACGGAUGAGCCUGAGGUGUUAGAUAUGACUGAACACGUGACAAGCUCAUCAACCAAUGUGGCUCAGGAUCCAGAUGCAGAUGACGUGAAAGAAGUAACAGAAAAUGACAAAGUAGCCGGCUCUUGUUUAUCUGAGCCACUUAACGAAGAUCACCAGGAGAGCCUCGGGACGAGCCCUGAAGAAGAGCAAGCUGCCACUGCCGGAGGGGAAGACAAUGUGUCCGACACCGGUGCCGCGUUCGAGAACGCCGCCGCUGGAGACGUGGAGAGCGCCAUGGAUGUUGUUGAGACUUGCGCUAAAGAGGUCGGGGAGGCCCAGAAUGCCCCAGAAGAGACAUUUGACGCAGAAAACGAAAGCUCGCAGGCUGUUAGUGUAAGCGAACAAGGCACUGUGGGUGAAACUGUUGAUUCAGAAAUGGGGUCUAAGAAGGGUGAGGAGGAUGAGAAGACAGAAGACAAAGCUGCUGCGGACUCAGCCUCCACAGUGAAAGAGUCCUCUUCUGUAGAGGGCGAUGAUCAGAAAAAGAGCGCUGAGGAGAACGAUGGCGCGACUGAGUCAAAAGAUGAAAAGGUCGCUGGAGGCGCUGCAGCUACCUGUAGCAGGAAUCUGUGGGUCAGUGGGCUGUCUUCCACUACUAGAGCGACGGAUCUGAAAACUCUCUUCAGCAAAUAUGGCAAGGUUGUUGGAGCUAAAGUUGUGACCAACGCCAAGAGCCCCGGGGCUCGCUGCUAUGGUUUUGUCACCAUGUCUACAUCCGAUGAGGCCACCAAGUGCAUCAGCCACCUUCACAGGACUGAGCUGCACGGCAAGAUGAUCUCUGUGGAGCGGGCUAAAAACGAGCCCGUGGGGAAGAAGCCAGCAGAUAAGAAUGACCCCAAGAAGCCUGCUGGUGACCGGAGACCAUCUUCUGAGUCCAAAGCUGAAGAGAAAGAUGAGAAGGCCGAGGGAGACGGAAAGGAUGGCAAAGGGCAAAAUGAGAGGACGGUAAUUAUGGACAAAUCCAAAGGAGAGCCCGUCAUCAGCCUCAAAACUAAAAGCAAGGAACGAAGCUCAAAAAGCCGGGACCGCAGUUCACUCAGUAAGGAAAAGAAAGAAAUCUUGACGUUUGACCAGAUCAAGGAGCAGAGAGAGCGGGAGCGACAGAGGCAACGAGAGCGAGAGGUCCGAGAGGUGGAGAGACGCAGUGACCGAGACAGCCGGGAAGCCAUCCGCCCGGACCGCGAGCGCGAACGAAUCCGCCUGUUCCGAGAGAAAGAGGAGAGGAAACACUUGCUCCGGAAGAGAAGCUGGCUGGAGGCCGAGAAGCAGCGGCUCGACGCGGACCGCAUGGAGCGUCAGUUCCUGGAGCGGGAGAGGCUGCGCAUAGAGUACGAGAGGCGGCGCGAGCAGGAAAGGAUCCUCAGGGAGCGCGACGAGCUGCGGCGGCAGCAGGAGCAGCUGCGCUACGAGCAGGCCCGCCGCUCCAUGAAGAGGCCCUACGAUAUGGAUGGCAGGAAAGAUGACUGGCCCGACAAGCGCAUGGCCCUUGAUGACCGAUACAGCCGCUCAGACUUCGGUCGCCAGGAGCGUUAUCAGGACUUCGACCACAGAGACCGAGGCCGUUACCAGGACGACCUGAUGUUGGACAGGCGGGACAGCGCUCGCGGCGCCGGCGCAGACCGAGUCGGUCAGCAUUUCUCGGACAGGUCAGAGAGACACGGCAGAGACGGCCGAGACUCCUGGAGUGGAAGCUACGACAAGCGCAUCAACCCCAGGGAAGGAGUUCGAGACUGGGACUCCAGUCGGAAAGCAGAUGGAGACAGAACAUGGCAGAGUAGAGACGGGGCCAUCCCGGGACAGAGCCACAUUACACGAGGUGGAAUAGCAAGCCGCGGAAGCUACAUGAACACAGGAACAUCUCAGUCCCUGUCCGGAGCUCUCAACAGGCAGAACCAGCUGCUGCAGGGCAGCGGCCUGCAGGGCGGAGCGUUCGGCCGACGCUACUGAUGUCGCGAUACAACAGUUUGACUGUCUCAGGACGGAUUUGACUUUUCUUUUGUUUUGUACAUUUUUAUUUUAUUUUUUUUUUUUUUACUGUUUUUUUUUUUUUUUUUUUGACACUUCCAAUCCAUUUUUUGAUGGAGAUGUUUUGUUUUUCACUUAGAUUCUCCUUUUUGUGUUUCUCUUUAGUGUGUGUGUGAUGUAGUGAUCUCCUGCCUUCUAUUUAUCAGUCAAUCCAACCCACCAUGAUAGUGUAACACAGCCGUUAAUGUGUUGUGAAUGCAGGUGGGCCUGUGGAUGCGUCACAGAGCUCUGUGUUGUGAAUUAAGAUGUUUCCUAGACCCCUGAGUCAGUGGACCUAACCUCGCCCAGUUUGUCCCAGUUGGUCUGAAGCAUUCUGGGCAAUUUCCAGUCUCAAUAAAUUAGCCGUUGCUGCAAUUACCUUCUUCAUAGCUCAUUCAAAAAAAGAUAUUUGGAGUUUUGCUGAAGAGUAAAAUGUUUUUAAAGGUCAUUUCAUUCACAUUAUUAUUAUCCAUGCUUGUUAGAUUUUCCUUUUGAAAUGUAUUUCAAUUUGUUUGGAUAAUGGUAAAUGCACCACGAGCGUCUGUGUUCACAAACUAUCGAUUUAAGAUCUGUUCUAAAAUCUUAAUGUAAUGUAUUAUGUCCGUUUCCUGUAACUUAAUUUUUUUCUUUUUUGUUUGUAAAUGUGUCAUAUUUAGUCCUUUUGACGCCAUGCUCUCAAUAAAAUGUACUCCAUACAUAAAAGAUGAUCCAUCUCUCUGCAGUGGUGCUACUGAAAUAAAUCUAAUUUUCAGUA